AGUUUUGGAUCCUGUCAAAGCUCAUGAUGAUGCAUGGCCAUUUGUGGAGCCUGUUGAUGAAUCAUAUGCACCAGGAUACUUUGAUAUUAUUGACCAGCCGAUGGAUUUAUCCACCAUCGAAAAGAAGAUCAACAGCAAAAAAUACACAUCCAAGGAUGAGUUCAUUUCUGAUUUCAAGUUGAUUUUUGAGAACUGCCAGGAAUACAAUGGUCCAGACAGUGAGUACACACACAUGGCUGAGAACUUGGAGAGAUGCUUUAAGAAAAGUUUAGGUAAAGAAUUUCCAGAUGAAGAUAAUGAUAGUGAUGAUGACUAUCAGGUUGGUGAAGAUAUUGAGCCAAUUACAAGCAGAAAAACUCGUAAGCAGUUUUCAACUCAUGGACUUCUUGAACUUGAAAACACUGCCAAUAGAAUGAUGAGUCAAGUGAAUGGAGAUAGCAGUAGCCAGGAUAGCAACAGUCGUGGCAGUAGUCCAUUCCCUAAUGGCUAAUAAUAAUGUUGCACGAGUACAACCACCUGUUCCAUUCAUGGGUGACCAAGUGCAGAUAACCCGUGUGCCAAAUUCAGGACAGCCAAUGCCUUCACAUCUGCCCGGACAGCCAAUAAUGCAUGGCCCACUGCCAAAUCAUCCUGGGUAUCGUCCCCCUGUUAAUGGUGGACCAAUGUACAGACCAGGACAACCUGGAAAUCACCCAUACCCUCCUCCGCAAGGGUUUCCUGGUAGUGCCCCACAUCCAAGAUCCCAGCAGUAUUAUCCAGACGGGAAUAGAAUGCCUAACCCAACCAUGACAAGGGAACAGAUACAUCAGCAGUACUGGAGUAAUUAUCAUGCUAGGAAUGGUCAGCAAAUGCCAACUGGAGUACAUGGUCAAAGACCGCCAAUGCCUGGACAGAUGCCUGGACAGGUACCACGACCUGGCAUGUCAGGAGAUAUGCCACAGAGACAUCCGUCUGGGCCGCAACAGUUAUUGCAUGGUCCCCAGCAGAUGCCACCACUUGAUCAACCACAGGGACCAUCCCCCAUGCAACAAGGUCCAAUGGACCCCCACCAAGUGCACCGCAUGCCGCAAACACCUCAGGGCUCCCAACAUGGUUCUCAGUUACCACCAAUACCCCACAAUAUGCAACAAGGACAGUGUCCACCACAUAACACUGGGAUACCAAUGCCACCACAGUAUCCGCAAAGUCCAAUGCGACAUCCUAGAAUAAUGCCACCAAAUCAGAUGCCAGGUACUCCUGUGCCUCCUGAACAUUUGGGCCGACCUCCAGUUGCUGCUAGUCCAGGUCAUAUGCAGUCUCCUCAGAGAAUGCACCAGCAACGCUUUGACAAUAUGCAUGGAUAUUCUGUCAAUGGUACACAUGCUGAUGCUUCUUGGACUCCACCACCAUCUCCAUAUCAACAUCCACAUAUGCUUGAUGUUCAGAGGCAACCACAUCCACAAAUGAUUGACCUUAACGAUCCCAGAAUGAGAAGCCCAGAAGUCAACAGUCGAAUGCAAAAGGCUUCGCAAAGGAUCCCAUCCCAAUCACCAACGCAGGUUCCACACAAUCAAAGUGUAUCAGAGAAUAUGUCUCCUCAUUUGAAAGGAAUGCAUGCACAAGCUCAAAGUUUACUCCCAAGUUCUGCAACUAUGUCACCUCAUUCCCAAGUCAUGUCACCAAAUUCUCAAAGUAUGCCACCAACUUCUCAUGGGAUACCACCAACUUCUCAAGACAUGCCACCAGACUCCAGCAGAGUGUCAACAAGUUCUCAGGCCAUGACUUCACAAGCUCAAGAAGUGCCACCACACUCCCGAAGCAUGACGAUGCAUCCUCAAAGCAUGCCGCCAAGUUCGCAAAGCAUGCCGCCAAGUUCACAAAGCAUGCCGCCAAGUUCACAAAGCAUGCCACCAAGUUCACAAAGCAUUCCACCAAGUUCACGAACUAUGCCACCAAGUUCACAAAGCAUGCCACCAAGUUCACAAGGCAUGCCACCUCUCUCUAAGGAGGUACCUUGUCAGUCUCAAGAUGUUAUCCUGCAAAGGCAGGGAAUACAAAACCCAAAUUCACAGCCGCCACAAAUGCCCAAACUUGUGCCUAUUGACAAUAAUGAUAAGGACCAACCAUCAAAAAUGAAUACUAACGACUCAAAACAGCCCAACGCUACUGCAAAGUCAGCAGGACAUUCCAUACCUGAUACAGUCAAUGUUGGAGAUAUUGCCUCAGAACCUUGCGUGUCUCUUGCUUCCAAGAACUCUGACACAACUUUGCCUACACCUGUGACUACAUCAAAUACAGUGCCUACCAAAAGUCUGCCAGAUAAACCAGUAAAUCCUCCACUCAUGUCAAUGCCUUCCUCGUUAAAUAAAACACCAGAUGCCUUCGUCGGCGAAUAUCUCAAUUUCUCCAAAAGCAAUGAUUCUAAACCUGCAAAGGAAAACCGUAAACGUGGCAUGAGUGACAAGUCUGCUAUUUCCCAUCCCUCAAAAGUGUUAAAACCUUCUGUACCUGAUUUUCGAAAUGAACUAGCUCCAUCCCCAAUAAAUGGGCCGCAAUAUGCAAACAAAGCAGGUGAUUUUAAUAAAUUCAAUCUAAAUGGACCAACUACUGCUCGUGAAAACAGUCAUGUAGAUUCUUCUUCCAUGUAUCUUUCUUCUACAAAUCCACUAAGUCAGGUUAUGUCUGCAAUUGACAAUUCUAGUCCUGUAACUAGUAGUAUAUUUGCUGAUUUAAAUGAACACUCUCAGAGCCCCAAGGAAUUCCUUAAUUUAGACAAUCAGCCAAAAUGUACAAAACUGUCUAAUGCUGAGGGUAUUGAUGAUCAGCCUGAGAGUCCCAAAACCUUUCUAGACUUAGACAAUCAACCAAGGCCCAUGCAAAGAGCACCUGUACCAAUGUCACACUAUGCGCCACAUGGUUAUCCAGGCGUUUUUAACCAAUCACCGAUGGGAAUGCAGCACUUGCCACCUGGACAUCCAGGAUUUAACCAGUCAUCGCCGAGUCUGCGGCAUCUUCUCACGGCGAAUCGGCAAAUGAACCAAUCUCCGAUGCAUAUGAUGCCACACGAUCCCAGAGUUAGCCAAGCAGUUCACGGCAUUAGAGCACCACACGAUCCCAGGUUGAAUCCCAACCAUCCUAUGUACCAUCAAUAUCUACAAGAACAGCAGCGUUACCACCAGAUGCAACAACAAUCAGCAAUGUAUCAACAACAACAACAACUCCCAAUGAGGAAAGAUGUGCCAAAUCACAUGUUCCCUCAACAGUAUGCAGUGAAUAGCGGUUAUGUGACUCCAUCAAAACCACACAUGCAUGGUAUGCUGGAUCCAGCAGGAUAUCCAAUCAGAAAUGGUGAAAUGAUAUCAACACCACCAUCUCAUCAUCAUUAUCAACAUAUGAAAUAAAUUCAAGACACACCUGCAUAUCAUCAACUACUCCAAUCUACCUCACUUUCUGUAAUUUUGUGAUUUGUAUGACAUGAUGUAGGUUUAGAUUUUAUAUGAAUUUGGUGUGUUUAAACUCUUGUUUUCUACAGUUUGUACUCAAGAUGUAUCAAUAUUAUAACAAAGGUAACAGUGCCUAUACUGAAAAGGGAAAAAAAGACUUCAGGGAUUUUUUUUAAGAAAAAAAAGAAACAGUUUGAAAAAAAGUGUAUUUUCUUAUUGAAGGUGUUUUAUCAUAUUAAAGCUUGUGAUGGCCAUAAGAAGUUCAAGUGGUUUGUUUUUGUUUUAAAAUUAAUCUUAGUAUUUAUAAAAUGUCAGGCUAGUAAAUGUGUCUGUACUUUGGCUUUAAUGAAUAGACUAUAUAUAUACUAAACAAAUUUCAUUGUUUGCUUUAAUCCAUGAAUUGUAAAUUACAUGUACAUUUUAUUUGCUUCAUUGCAAUGGUAAAUUCAGCAAUACAGCUUUCAAUAUGGCUUUCUAUUUCGAGAGCUGUUUAUUUUGUCUGUCAAU